AUGAUUACUCGAUUACCAACAUUGUCAGUGUUUGAAAUUUAUACAUCUCAGCUAAAAGAUAUGUUUGAAAAAUUACUCAAAGCAUCUGAUUCACUUUCACCAUCUGUUGCAAAACUACUUCAGAAAGCUCGAUUACCUGUAGAAGAAAGAGAACUUUUAAGAUCAACAAAUCCUGAUAGUAUUUCUGUUGAAGCUAGUUAUCGUGGACCACGUAUUGAAGAUCCAAUUACAAGACAAACAUUUGUAGAUUUAAUUGAAGCUUUUCAACAUGGACAGGUAUUACACGAAAAAUAUGUUUGUCACAUUCUUCAUCAAGCACGCGUUAUACUUAAAACUUUACCAAACUAUAAUCGUAUCGAUUUAUCUACUUUACAUCAUAUAUAUAUUAUUGGUGAUCUUCAUGGACAAUUAGCUGAUUUAUUACAUAUAUUUAAUGCGAAUGGUCUACCUGCCAUUGAUAAUCCAUAUAUAUUUAAUGGAGAUUUUGUUGAUCGAGGUCGAAAUUCAGUUGAAGUUAUUCUUUUACUUAUGGUUGCAUUAAUUCUCUAUCCAAGUUCAGUCUUUCUUAAUCGAGGUAACCAUGAAGAUAUAAUGGUUGCAGCCCAAUAUGGUUUUCAAGAUGAAGUUAAUCGAAAAUAUCGGACAUGUAAAGCACCAUUACUUGAUCUAUUUAAAGAUAUAUUUAGUUGGUUACCAUUGUAUUCAUCUGUUCAUACGGGAAAAUUUAAACUUAUUAUAAUACAUGGAGGAAUAUCUGAAUAUAUUAAUCUAGAACAAAUCAAAUCUCUUCAGAGAAAUCGAUAUGUUUCAAUGGAAGUACCACCAGAAUCUAAAAGUGGUGAUAAACAAUUAACUGCUGAUGAAAAUGAUGAAUAUUAUCAAAUACAAGAUUUACUUUGGAGUGAUCCUGAUCCUUAUAAUCGUAGAGGUUGUCGAAAUAAUAAUGAAAGAAAUAUAGGUUCUUUUUUUGGUCCAGAUAUAACAGAACAAUUUCUUAAUGAAUAUAAUUAUUCAAUGAUUAUACGUUCCCAUCAAGUCAAACAAAAUGGUUAUGAAUAUACACAUAAUGAAAAAGUUUUAACAGUUUUUAGUGCAUCAAAUUAUUGUGAUGGAUACAAUUGGGGUGCGAUUAUACGAUGGGACUAUAACGAAGAAGAGCCAUGGUUAAUUUCAUAUAAAACUGAAUCUGUUGAAAUGAAAAAAAUGAGUUUUAAUAAACAAGUAACAUUAUUUGAAGAUCCAGCUUAUCAAUCAUUAUCGGAAAAAAUUAUGACAAAUAAAAGUUCACUUCAAAAAGAAUUUGAAAAAAGAGACAGAUAUCGAACUAAUCAUUUACCUUUGAAAGUUGGGUCGGAGAUUAUGACGAACAUACUUCGAAUUGAUUUACCUUGGCUUACAUUACGUUCGAAACUUGUACACGAAGAUAAACAAGGAAUUCUUUAUAAUACGAUGUUUGAUGAAUAUAUUUUAGAUAAUACGAAAUUUCAAAUAUCUAAUUCUGGUAUUAUGGAAGAUUUAUAUAUGUGGAAAGAUUUGCUUAUACGAUUAUUUAAUUUAAUCGAUCAGGAUCAUUCAGGUUUUAUAAGUCGUAAUGAAUUUUCUGAUGUUCUCAAACUUUUACUUUAUGAUGAAAAUGAGACCGAUGGCAUUAAUGAAGCAUAUAUUGAAGAACUCAGUUCUGUUAUGGAUUUAGAUAAAAAUGGAAGAAUUGAUAUUAAUGAAUUUCUUGGUAAGAUACAAAUGUGA